UUAACAUGUUCGUUUUUAGUUAGAAAACUGGCAAGUACUAGAAAGUACAAGUAUAUUGAAGAGCGGACCUGUCCUUUGGACAAAAAUGAUUCAUUCCUUUGUAUUAUCAUGGAAACUGUUGAUCAUGGGUGUGUAUAGCUGUACUUUACCAGCGGAUUGGGAUGGAGAGUGGCACGACAGUAGUGAUACAACACAAGACAUCACGUUCACACGGUCCAGUAGUUACGUUGUAGGAUGGGGCCUUACUGUGUACUCCAGCGCUUUUACUUCUUGGACUUGUGUAGAUGAAGACACGUCUAACAACCUUCUGCUUUUUAAGUCAAAUCAAACAGCAGAUAUAUUUGGGUCUCCACAUGACACAUAUCGUUGCAUGAAAUGGGAAAAAUUGACAGAUUAUUCUUAUUCGUAUUUAAUAUAUGCAAAUAUCGAAAUCAAUGCGCAGGGCAAACGAGUCCUUGUUUUGCCGAAUAAUACCGUUGUUAACACUAGUUCAGGCUGCAAUCCAAGUAACGGUAUACCUUCUACAGUCGAAACCGUUGUGUUAGUCAAGAAAGGAUACAUUGCGAAUGCUACACAGAAUUGCCCAACGCUUUUAUUAGGGAGUUUCAACUAUACUUUUAAUGAUGGGUCUACUACAUACUGUAAUGGAACAAGUGUUUGGGAUGUCUGUUCCGAUCGAACACGAAUGGUCGUAAACUAUACCCUAUGUUCGGAAAGACAAUUUUACUCAAACGGUGGUGUUGCAUAUUGCGCCUAUUCGACAUCUGUAGGAAGUACUUACUACGUCACAGUGGUCAAUGCUGACAGUACUGUGGAUUUCUCUUACUCAUUCCGAUUCACUUGUUAUGCUCUGAGGAGUUUUGGUGGACUUGUAUUUGCUAGUGACAAUAGAGGGGUGUGUCUACCGAAUCAGGACCCACAAACCAAAUCGGCGACAGGAACCGGAACACUGACCUUCUCUGCUUAUAAAACAUGUCCAUUUACUUCAGGUACGACGGUAGAGACUUCUGGUGACAACAUCGGAGUUAUUGUUGGCUCUGUGAUGGGGGUAGUUCUCCUAGUGGCUGCAGCAGUAGGGGCAGGAAUUUUGAUACAUAAAAAAUAUCAGCGCAUCUAGAUCUAUUCAAAAGCAGUGAUUAAUUAACUAUUGCUAGUUAAUGAGAUGACAGAUAAUCAAAUUCUGACAUAUAAUUUAUAAAAAUCCAAGAAAUUUGUGUUAUCAAAUUUUUUUUUUGCUUAUUUGAUCAAUUUUUAAAUCAACAAUGUAUUUCAUAAUUAAUUUCAUUUGAAAUAAAACAUUAAAACAUAAAAUAUUAUAUUAAAAAAAUACUUCACUGCAAAAGAUUCAAGCAAAUGCAAUUGAUAAUUUACUUUAAACGUACUACAUUUGGCUGUGUAUUCUAUUUAGCGCUUUUGGAGGAAUGCGGCUUCCGCAAAAUCAAGUACAUCGCUAACUGCCAUGCAUAUAUCCAUAAGAAUAGUCACAUACAGGAAUACACUAAUUCAAAUCUACGCCAACUUGUUAAAAAACUAAUUUCCGCCAAAUAUCGUGCACACCAAAUAUAAUACGUUUACAGUACUUUGAUAUUGUAAAGAAGAUUGAAAGGUGGCCAUUUCUAAUUUUGUUUUUCCACAUUUAUUUUGUGACAUCUCGUUCCUGAUUUUAUCUCAAAAUCAAAGAAAUACUGCGAACAUCAUGCCAUUCUUCAAAGCAUUUUUCAACUACCAAAACAGGUCCUUAACACUUUAAACAUCAUUGUGGACGUCUUAAUACGAAUGACACUAACGAAGAUAAUUUCGAUUCAUAUGAAAAUCAAAUAAGUAUUGGUGCAGUAAAGAAAAUAGCCCAUUGUAAACAGAAAUUUUAUUUUAUCUUUAUUUUAAGUACAUGAACCAAGUAUAUUGUUAUUAAACUUUUAGAAAUGACGUACAUUGUACUUCGACACGGUAAGAAGUCCAAUAUCGACAAUGUCGGUUGGGUGUUUUUUUUUUAAUUGUGGGUCCAGUGCAAAACUCUAGUGGGAGCCCCGAGGGGCAAAGCCUGGAUUCUUUGGAUGGAAGCUCCUUGAUUCUAGAGAUUUUGUAGGGUAAAAAUAGUCUUCUAAUUUUGACUUUUGUGAUAUUUCUUCUCGUGAUUGCUCUUAAAAGUAAUAAAAUUAUUUAUGAAUUUUAAAGGUUUUUAGAUUAUAAACAUGUAGUUAUCUCAUCAAUACCUUCUGUCUUGCAGAUAUAUAAUAACAUUUUCUUUUAUUUUUAUGGGGGCCCAGGAGCAAAGCCCCCGGAAAUUCAUUGAUUGCAUAGA